GUCUUCAUUAAAAGCAGACGCGACGGCGGUGGCAGCGGCAGAUCUUCCUUUCCCCGCCCGCCACCAUUGGGGCUGCUCGGGUGGUGUUGCAAAGGGGUGCAUUAACAGUAGAAAUAGAUAAGGAGUGAGGGUGGGGUACAAUUCGCAUCGCAAUGGAACGGUUCGUGGCAUCGGCCAGCGAUGCUACGGAGGACUGCGACGAGAAGUAUGAUGUGGGGGGCUUGCUGCUGGAGGGCUCCUAUGGCCGGGUCUAUGAGGCUCACCUUCGAGACGAUCCAAGCGUCGUGCUGGCCGUCAAGUGGGCACCCUGGCACACUGUUAUAUCCAACCUGUCUGCGGGCGACAAGGCUGAGGAAGCCAUCCAACGAGAACUCGACAUGAUGCGGCAACUCCGCGACUGUCCUCACGUGUCUCAGAUCUUUGACGCCUUUCACUCGGGCCCUGGCGAUGAUCUUGUGAUUGUUAUGCGCCUCUACCCGGGGCGCGAUCUAUACGAGUAUAUUGACACGUACAAGAAGAAGGUCGACCAUGGUUUCAUGCUCCGUGCCCUUCGAGCUGCCUGCAAGGCCCUUGCCUACAUGCAUGCCCGCAACUUUGUGCACCGUGAUGUCAAGAUUGAGAACAUCUUUUUACCAGACUACGAAUCUGGGGACAGCGCGGUCCUAGGUGACUUUGGCUUGGCGCGAGUUUGUGCAGAAAACAUGACGUUUAACAUCAGCUCCAAGCCCUACUGGCCACCCGAGUUUUUCCAGCAUCAAAACUACAACCAUAAGAUGGACAUUUGGGCGCUUGGGUGUGCGGCCUACGCCUGUGCCAAUGAAGCGCGAGCUCCAUUCGGCCAAGGGACACCUAGGUCACAGGUCAACUACGUGCAGCUUCAAGGCGCUCAGAGAGAGAGGGAUCGUGUUAACUCGACUCAACCACACACACUCUCUCUCACAGGUGAAAGUGUGAUUACAAUCAGACUUUUCAAAAUAAUUAUAUUUUUCGCUCGCUCUCUCUCUCUCUCUCUCUUUCUCUCUCUCUCUCUCUCUCUCUCUCUCUCUCUCUCUCUCUCUAUCUGUCUCUCUCUCUCUGUGUCUCUCUCUCUCUCUCUCUCUCUCUCUCUCUCUCUUUUUUUGUUUUGUGUGAGCGUCGUCGAGAAACGGCAGCGCACGCGUGUGAACACCGUUGCAGUCGACGUACUGAGAACCAACGCGAUGGGUGCCAGCAACUCUGUUCCCAACUUGCACGACCUCGAGUCCAUGACCAAUUUCUCGGAGGAUGAACUCAAGCGUCUUGGCAAGCGCUUCAAAAAACUCGACAAGGAUGGCAACGGCACGCUCUCCGUGGCAGAGUUCAUGGAAGUGACCGCCCUUCAGCAAAACCCGCUGGUCGAGCGUGUCAUUGCGAUAUUUGAUGACAAUGGCGAUGGCGAGAUUGACUUUGAAGAGUUUAUCAAGGGCAUCUCUCUCUUCACCACGGACGGAGAUCGGGAUCAGAAGCUGCAGUUUGCUUUCAAGAUUUAUGACGUCGACAAAGAUGGUUUCAUCUCCAAUGGCGAGCUCUUCUACGUCCUGAAGCUGAUGGUGGGCACCAACCUCAAGGAUGAUCAGCUUCAACAGAUUGUCGACAAGACUAUCAUCUACGCCGAUAAGGACGGUGAUGGCAAGGUGUCCUUUGAUGAGUUUUGCGCCGUGGUGGGCAGCUCAGACGUGGCCAGCACCAUGGUUGUGCCUGGCAUCUAGUUGUCUUUGGUCUUACCAAUCCAUCCCCCGGUCUCGUGUUCCCGUGCCCUCUUGUUGUGGUUUGCACACCUUUAUGUACGGCCGUUGUUGUGUUUUGUUUGGUUUUUUGAACUGCCAUUUCUUGCCUUGCCCAGACGUGAAGGAGGCUUAUGCAUUUAAUCGCUCACAAGAUAGUUGCACCU